AUGACUUUGUCAUUGAAUGAUCCCGCUCGUGAAUGGCUUAACAAAUUGAUUAACAAAGAUGGACAAUUUAGGGAUUUAUCUUCAAAAAUUGCUUUUAGUCGCGAUGAUUUCGCCUCUGUUAGUGGAGUCCUCGACACGGACUAUGCUUUUCCUCGCAUUAAUGUAGGAGGCCAGUUAGAAUUUGAGAAAACAACUCCUAUACCGCCUGAGCUCUUUGAGAGGCUUGGCCGUGUUAAACAAUGUUGUCGAAUGGGUGUGUUCCCUCAGUGUAGAAAGGCCUGGCUCACCGUCGACUCGGAGUUCUUCACUUGGAAUUUUGAGGAUGGAGAAGAUCUAGCCUUUUAUGAUGGAUGUCAAGACGUUAUCAUUUCUGUCUGUCUAUUUCGCCCAAAAUUAGGAAUCCUUCCUGCCGCUAUUGAAUACUUGCUGGUACUGGCAACACCUGGGAGUCUUGUCGUGUUGGGUGUUACAUAUGAUUUCACAAUUUCUCAAGAUGGGUAUUGUUCCAGCGGUCUCCUCAAUGUGUUACCUACGCCGCUUUAUUGGCUUUCCACAAAUAAUAAUUAUGUUACCUGUAUUGAAGGGACUUCUAAUGGACGUCUUUUUAUGGGGAAUCGCGAAGGAAAUCUUCUCGAGUUCACCUACGGUCCAAUACCAUCGUUGGACAACAACUUAUCGGAUUUAAAUUUGAGUCCAAGCGAUAAUUGCAGUCUUGUCAAUCAUACCGCCUCCUCCUUGAAUUUUAUCCUUCCUACUAUCCUCACUAGUGGAUUUCGUCCUUCAGGGGCCAUCACACAGAUUUCAGUUGAUUCUAGACGGGGACUUCUCUGGACACUUACAGAAAACUCACACUUGGCUGUGUAUCAGUAUGACGUUGCUGGUGUUAAAGCCACCACCAAUUAUCUUACCAAAUUAGCCAGCCUCACGGGAUCCGAUGUAUCUUCUCGAGCCUCUUCUGUUGUAAAAUCUAUUGACCGAAGCAACUUUUCAAAAAUCAUUUCCAUUUGUGCCUUAUCUGAGGAUGGUGGACCCAUUCAUAUGCUCGCAGUCACAGCGACGGGCAUUCGGAUUUACUUCACAAACAACCUCCGUAUUGUUCACGUCCGCUUACCUCCGCGCAAUACUUCAGUCGCAAACUUUGGCGAACCAUCUGUGGCUUCCCAUCAAAACUCUCCUCCGCAUAUGUUUGCUCUAGGGGAUGUAAACUUUAAAGUAUGCCUUAUGAAACGCUCUUUUACCCAUCUUCUCUACUGGUUGGUCGUGGAAACCCGAGGAACCGUGAUUUUCGCUUCAUCAAUUCCACAAGCAUCAACUGACCCCUCGACACAGCAGGCCGACACAUUGACCCUUUCUGUGGCAUCACCGGACCCUUUUCCAUGGUCGCCCUGUCUUUCCGAAACUAUUACCACUUCUCUGUGCGUUGAAUCCCCGUGGACGAUGACAAUGAUCCCUUCUGAAGGACCGAGUUCUACCAGUCAGCCUGGGAAUCCAGACGUCUAUUCUUCUGUCUCUUCAGCGAGCUUUAAUAAAAAGGGUAUUGAAUUGCCUCAUGAAUCAGGAUUACCGCAAUCAGAUCCUCACCAUCCAGCUGCCACAGCGAGUCCUGCUAGUGGAUCUGUCAGGCCCCCUACCCCAAAGGGCUCCCCACCUGUGAUGCUAACUCAGCACCUGGACCCUCAUUAUCGUCGUCUGCUGGUAAUUACCGCUCACGGAAUCGUCCAUCUCCGACUUCCCACUCCUCUGCAGCGACUACGUGAUUUCUUUGCUACUUCCGCCAUUUCUGCGUCUUCGUCCGUCGAAAACAUUGAUGGUGGAUUUUUGAGCGCUUACCUUCACCAAUUCGGCCCCGACGAGUCCAUCUGUGCCGCCAUUUCGAUAGCCGCUGCGGAGCAGGCCAAUUCUGAGAUGGUGGAGCAGGCAGAAAGGACGGUUAUUUAUUUCGCCACAGAGGCCGCCCGGUUCUGGCAACCACCGGUUAUUUCACAUGUCACUGCAGUCCCGGCUACACCGACCUCGCCGUCGGACCUCCAUUUCCAUGCAAUUACUCAGCAGGACGCGACGGCGGACACCUUCCUGGUCCUCGGGGCGUCGCUAUUUCUCUCGCGCGUUGCACGCACCGUGUGGCGGGCCCCAAUGCUUGUGGUUGCUGAUCUGGUGCCCUCGGGCGUGGGCACUGGAGGCCAAUCGACCAGUGUUUCCGGGGGCCUAAAAAGUCUCUUUUAUACUCUAGUCACAACAGUCAUUGCAAAAGCCUCGGCCGGUGGUGGUUCGGCGAAGGAUUCUAUGGUCGUCACGUCGCGUCUAAGUUCCGAUGAUAUUGGGUGGAUUCUGCAUCAGUUGCGCUACCUCAGGACCCUUUUGGAAUCCUCCCAUCAGAAGGCUUCCGUUGCCUCGCAUUCAUUGGCCCAUCGUGUCGUCACACAUGACUCGCCCAUUUCCCCUCUCACGAGACUCCUACAGGAUAUCUGUGCUCUCCUGUCGGCCUUUAUUGAAUUCGUCGGUCUCUGGCAGAUUGUCAGCCAACAUAAUGUUCCUGCGAUCUCCAGCCACCUCUCGGAAGAACAUCGCAACGACCUCCUGAAUCUCCCAGUAGAGGCUUUUGUUUGCUGGAUGCCUCGCACGGCGGCUGUGCCCACUCCUGCCUCCGCCGCCGCCGCCCCAUUACCACUGCACCACACACAUUCGCCACCUCCACCCACGACCACCGACAUUCGUUCAGCCCUGAUCGCCGCUUUAUUCGAACACUAUCUCUCGGGCGAGUCUCAGACCGGCUCUGUUGACGCUCUCUGCUCGCGUCUUCGUUCUGUCUGUCCAAAUCUCUUUGGAAAUGAGGAUGCCCUCUGUGCCAGAGCCGAGGAACUCUUGGUCCGCGCUGCAGCGAUACCGAUGGAGCUUGUUGACCAGCGGGAGACACUGAUAGCCGAGGCGGUGGAGCUGUUGCAGUCGGCGGGCCCAGCGCUUAAUUUGGGUCUGGCAGCUGCGCGACUUGGAGGGACCGUGGGUGCCUGGCAUUCGGCUGUCGCUCUUUGCCUCUCCUUUGCCCAGCUGCGUGACCCUAUGGGUGUUGCGCUCGCCUGUCUGCGCGAUUCUCGACAACCAGAAAGCACCACCAUGGGCAAAACCACUCAGUCCGAGGUUCAGAUUGUCGAGAGCAGGUACGAUGCUUAUCGUCACUUGCUGGAAUGCCUCAACCGUUUAUUGGCGAUCUCAAACAUCCCUGCGUCCUCUUCGAGGAUUCCUCAGGGAGAACAAGAUGUCUCACAGCAGUAUCGCCAGUAUCAGUGCAUCGGACCCAAUCCAACCUGUGAAACCGCACGGCAGACCUUGCUUAGCAUUCUGAAUUUCAUCGUCAAAUCGGAAGAUGUGUUGGCGCACUUUGAGGUUAUCGGUUGGCUCCUCUCAAACGGAUUAAUCGAACAGGUAGUCUCUCUUGACUCGCCUCACCUUGAAGCCUACCUGCAAUCCCGCUUGAGGCAAUUUCCCAACGACAUUUCCCUCCGCAAACUCCUCUGGCGCCAGUUGGAGUCUCGGGGCGCUCGUUUGGAGGCAGCUCAGGUCCUCGAACACCUCGCCACAAGUCCCGCCACAGGCUCUGAGAGGGAGCGGUUGACAUUGGAGGAUCGUUUGGACUAUUUGGCUCGCGCCGUCAUUACCGUGAAGGCUCUGCCACAGUCUCUGUUAGCCGACUCUGCAGACUACCUGGCUGACCUCCAGGACCGUCUAGACAUGGCGGAGUUGCAGCAGCAAUUAUGCGUCGAAUUAACAGCGACCUCCUCUGCGUCGUCCGACCCCGCAGUCGAAGAGGCCUUCGCAGAACUAACUCAAGGGCCUCUCCUGCCCGCGUCCGAGCUCUUUAACUCUUAUGCUGACCCAUUCGAUCUGCACGAAUCGAAGCUAAUGCUUCUCCACUUUGCCGGGGAGGCGGAUUCUGACCUCGUGGAAGCCAUCUGGACAGCUCUGCUACAUCGUAUCCUUUUAUCAGCAAACGCACCAGCCUCCUCCCUCAUAAGUGGUUCGCCGGCAAGUCAACGGAGACGCCUCUCAGCCGCGCACAGAAAGACUGCCCGCGGCCUCGAGUUGGCCGUUUCAGGCUGUCUGAAUCGCCUCUACGUCCGCCUCGCCCUCGUGGCCAAUUCUCCCGUCAACAGUGCUCACCAUGCCAUAGUUGUCGGGACACCUGUUACUGUUGACUACUCAUUUUUCCCUCUCACGGUAAUUAUUUCGACGCUGGAACGCUAUGGCAUUCAGCAGGCACUGCCGACGAACUGGGUUCCGAAUAUAUUCACCGAUGCAAAGAUUCCCUCCAGCCCUGAAGUCGUCGAGGCUUACAAUGUUAUCCUCUGCAAAAAGGAUCCGUUUUGGGUGCGUGAGGCCGUUCGGUCGCGCUUAAUGGAAGUCAUUUGCUUCUUCGUCUCCAACUUCAUUGACACCGCAAAUCGUUUACCCCCAAGGCAAAGGCAAGUCAUUGAUAUCCCAUAUCCGUCUAAUUGCUUUAGACAAUUGCAGGCUAGUCGAAUGUUGGAUCACUUGACGACGCACUUGGUGGAACUGCACGCCGAGCCCAAGACGGGUGGUGGUGACUUGGGGUUGUGCGGAAGCCAGGGUCAGCAUCAGCCGCAUGCAGUGCUUGCGGAAACGCUUCGCGGACUGAGACGACGCCUCGAUCGGGUCGUGGCCACGUGCCAAUAA